AGCUCUGUCCCUGCACAUAAAACCACCCUGCUCUGGGCUCUGCUUCAGGAAGCUUCUACCUAUUUCACUUGAGACCUCACCGGCUCCCCAGUUCCAGAGAUGAUCAAGGGGGAACAGGAGAUGGCGAACUGGGGGACUCCCCAGAGCCCAGGACCCGUGGUGUCCACCGUGGUCAACAUCCAGCCUGAGACCGCCGUGCCCGACCACAUCGUCUGGUCCCUGUUCAACACGCUCUUCUUCAACUACUGCUGCCUGGGCUUCGUGGCGUUCGCCUACUCUGUGAAGUCCAGGGACCGGAAGAUGGUGGGCGACGUGAUUGGGGCCCAGAGCUACGCGUCCACCGCCAAGUCCCUGAACAUCGCGGCCCUGGUCCUGGGCCUCCUCGGGACCAUAGGAUGCAUUGUUCUUCUGGUGGUGGUGGUGUUGCCGAUAUUCAGAUAUUCAACUAUGCAGGCCCAGCAAAACCGCGGAGGCUCCUAGGUGCUGCCCUUGGCCGGGGGACCACGUCCUCCCCACCCCUCCCGGCCCUGCCCCCGCCGCCCACCCCUCCACACAGCGCUGUGCACGGACAUAGCUGUCCCCACUGAACCCAAUAAAGUGCCCUUGGAUGUGA